UGAGUGCUUGCUUACACGUCAAAUGGUUAGUAACAAUUUCCGAAUAAAUGUUGUUAAAGUGAGCUAAACGUGUAUAAAUAAUAUAUUUAAGAGCUCAUCUGGAAAUAAAUUUAUUUUCAUUAUAUUGGAUGUACAGAAGGCGAUAUAUGAACAUUCCUUAGUUAUAUCAACUAAUGUUAUUCUAGGCUAAGCUUAUCACAUAAAAUGGGUGGUUUAUUUAGUUAUUUUAGAGGCUUGCUAGGUGCACGGGAAAUGAGGAUUUUAAUUCUCGGUCUCGACGGCGCCGGGAAAACUACAAUAUUGUAUAAAUUACAAGUUGGGGAGGUGGUCACUACUAUACCCACAAUAGGUUUCAAUGUAGAGCAAGUCACAUACAAAAAUCUAAAAUUCCAAGUGUGGGACCUUGGAGGACAAACUAGCAUAAGACCAUACUGGCGAUGUUACUAUGGAAACACAGAUGCAAUCAUAUAUGUUGUGGAUUCGGCUGAUAGAGAUCGAAUAGGAAUAUCUAAAGAUGAACUAGUACAUAUGUUACGAGAAGAGGAGCUUGCAAACGCAAUCCUAGUGGUGCUAGCAAACAAGCAAGAUAUGACAGGCUGUUUGACAGUGGCAGAGGUGCAUCAGGCACUGGGCUUGGACGCUUUACGUGACCGCACAUUCCAGAUAUUCAAAACGUCUGCAGUGCGGGGAGAAGGGCUCGACCAGGCGAUGGAUUGGUUAUCCAAUGCAUUGCAAGCUAGAAAAUAAAUUAUGAGGAUAUGCAUUUCAAAUAAAUAUUGAUAAAUCAGUUUGAAGCGAGUGUUGGAGAUGUCUUAGUCGUAUUAAGCCAAUAGAGUAGCUAGCGUCGUCAUCGAGGGACUGUCAACUUAAUUAUAUUCCGUAUAAAUGUCAAAUCGCAUAUUUAAACUAUCAUAUUUGGAAAUACCCAAUUUUUAUUUAAAUAAAAAAAAGUGUGAUAUUAUAUAGUUUUUGCUUACUGUACAUUGUAAUAAAGUUAUUUUAACGGAUAAAUGCCUUUUAUUUUAUAAUUAUAAAUUAUUGUUAUUAUCCGUUAGCAUGUAUCCGUUAAAGUUAUUUUAUUUCUAUAGGUUUUUGUAUUUGGUGUCAUCAAUUAACUAAACUUGUCAAUAUAUAUUUACAUAUAUUUAUUCGGUUUAUUCAAUAAGAGAACAGCACAAUACAGAGUAUUUGUAUUUUAAUAUUUACUGGUGGUAAUUUGUAUUUUAAUAUUUAAUGGUGGUAAUAUUUUACUGGUGGUAGGGCUUUGUGCAAGCUCGUCUGGGUAGGUACCACCCACUCAUCAGAUAUUCUACCGCAAAACAGCAAUACUUGAUAUUGUUGUGUUCCGGUUUGAAGGGUGAGUGAGCCAGUGUAAUUACAGGCACAAGGGACAUAAAAUCUUAGUUCCCAAGGUUGGUGGCGCAUUGGAUAUGUAAGCGAUGGUUGACAUUUCUUACAAUGCCAAUGUCUAAGAGCGUUGGUGACCACUUACCAUCAGGUGGCCCAUAUGCUCGUCCGCCUUCCUAUUCUAUAAAAAAAAAAAAAAAUUUAUAAUUACAGUAACAGCCUGUUAAUGUCCCACUGCUGGGCUAAGGUCUCCUCUCCCUUUUUGAGGAGAAGGUUUGGAGCUCAUUCCGAGCUUUAAAGCCGAGAUGGCCUAGUGGUAAGAACGCGUGAAUCUUAACCGAUGAUCGUGGGUUCAAACCCGGGCAAGCACCACUGAAUUUUUAUGUGCUUAAUUUGUGUUUAUAAUUCAUCUCGUGCUUAACGGUGAAGGAAAACGUCGUGAGGAAACCUGCAUGUGUCUAAUUUCAUUGAAAUUCUGCCACAUGUGUAUUCUACCAACCCGCAUUGGAGCAGCGUGGUGGAAUAUUUAUAAUUGAUUUAACAUAAUGUUAGCAAGCGUCAAUAUAAUAUAUUGAUUUAUUUUAUUAUAAUGCAUAUAAUAGAUAUAUAAUAUAAUGUUCAUUUAUGAUAGUUACCUGUUCCGCUCAGUUAAUAUAUCCAAGAAACAGUUCGUUUUGCUUACUACUGAUUGAGUUGUCAACGAGGCGUAAUUUAGAAGCUACCAAUUGGUUUGCUACUUACGGAGCAGAAGGUUACGGAUAACGGAUAGUAGGAUAUGAAGAUGACAGAUACAAGUGUUUCAAUAAAAAAAUUUAACUUCAAUUAUACAAUCUUACUACGUAUAUAAGCGUAACGAAUCCUUUUUUAAAUAUAGUAAUUGAGCAUUAAUUCUUUUUUUAAUUGUAUACUUUACUAGCACAAAAUAUAAUCUUAAAAAAUAACGCUUUUGUUUUUCGAGAGUAUUUGAAUAAAUAGUGGAGUUGAUGUAAAUUUAGUUUCAUUUUUCGGAUGUUGUUAAAUAAAAAAAUAGAAUUUAGUAAAAACAAUUUCCUUUAUUCAUAAAUUUUGAUAUUUGAUUGUUAUGAUUUUUUUAAGGACAUUAAUUAAUUAUACGACUUGAUGCUAUAUAUCCGGUAAAGUGGAUCUUCGUUACGCGUAGGAACGUAACAUCGUCAGUAUCACUUAUUUUGGGUGUUAUUCGAGUAUUCAGAGGCUGAUAAGUAUGGCAAAAUAUAUGAAAACAUAAAUGAGGCAUAAGGCACUUGCAGCGACCUUCAUGAAUAAAAUGGCUUAUUAUGCAGGAAAUCGUAAUAAGCUGAUUUUAGUGAAAUAGCAUGUGUUCAAAGAUAUCAAGAUCAAUUGUACCAUUCAAUAUGCUUUAUGAUAAUUUAAACAGAUUUUUAUUUAUUUAUUUUAUCUCUAUCUAAUAUGAAUUAAAAAAAAGUCGAGAACAUUCGGUUUUUUUGUCUAUAAUCCUAUUAACGAUUCUGAUUAUCCGUUAAUUCUGACAGGACGUUGGUGUUUAUUUGAUUGAUGACUACCAACAUGGUAAAAACUAAUAUAAGCAUAUGAUUAAUUACGGCGACGCUUCUUGAUAUAUAAUUGAUAACAAAUUGUCUAUUGAAGUAUGUGAGUGGCUGGCGAAGGAUGGUUUAUACUUAUAAGUUAUUCCGAUUAUACUUAAUAUAUAUUUUGUAUCUGUGACAUUCAGAAAAAUAUCGGUAUUUUAUAACCUAUCGGUACAAGAAUUGUUUUAAAUACAU